UGUGUGUCCCCACGCGACUCUUCCCUGAAGGUGGACCGUGGGUCCCAUGUCCGGUUAUCUUAUGGCCUGCCGUUCCCGACCUGGCGGCGCGUCAAAAGCCAAAGCAAAGCCAUCCCAGCCAGCCAGACCAGUCUCGAUUCUCAAGCCAGCCUUAACACUUCCAUCCCAAUUUCAACUCUUUCCACGCUCAUUCACAGUCGCCGACUUGUUCAUCUCCCAACCCACUCACUCACUAUGGCCUCCAUCCUCGCCCAGGUCAUCCUCCACCCCAAGGUGUCCCAGGCCCUCGCCGUCCUCGCCACCACUAUCGGUCGCGACAAGCUCUACCGUCUCAUCCAGUAUGUUUCGCGCAUCCUCGCGUGGUCGUUUGCGCGCAGCGGCGCGACCGACCUUGCCUCGCGGUUUGACGGCCUCAAGAGCUCCCUCGGCAUGGGCCGCAAGUUGAUGCGCGUCUUCAAGCCCGUCGAGAACCUCCAGUCGGCACUCAACAUCUCGCAGCGCCCCUUCACCGGCAUCACCCGCGCCGAGACCCUCGCGCAGGUCACCCAGCUCGGUCGCCAGAUUGCCUACGCCAUCUUCCUGGGCAGCGACUCGCUCAUCUGGCUCCAGUUCGCCAAGUUCAUUCGUCUUGACAAGGACAAGGCCGCCCGCCUCGGCCAGAUCUCCAACAAGGCCUGGUUCAUCGGCCUUGUCCUCUCGCUCGUCUCGUCGGGCGCUUCGCUCGUCAACCUCCGCCACCAGUCGCGCCGCUUUGCCCUCCAGUCCGAGGUCUCGCGCAGGGAAGGCGGCGAGAAGGGUCCCGACCAGGCCGCCGCCGAGGAGGCGGAGCGCCGCAAGCAGGGCCGUGCUCUUCUUGCCCAGAGGCAGACCCUCCUCUCCCAGAUUGUCACCGACGCGUUCGACAUCUGGAUCCCCUCCAACAACCUUGGCUACUCGCACCUCAGCGAGGGUGCUGUCGGUCUUCUCGGUGCCACCACAUCGUACAUGGCCCUGCAGAAGGUCUGGAACAAGCACGGCGCUGCCGUUGUCGCCAAGCUGGCGUAGUAAUGUUAGAGAAGAGGAAGAAGUCUCCACGAGGAGGAGCCCGCAGCGACAUGUGGCGUCCGUGUACGCCUCUGAGGGGAGCACGUGGCGGCUACGCAUGUCCGCGAAUACCGAAUACCCCGAAUGUGCGCGAUAUCGUUCUGUAUGCAUGUCAUUGCUUGGA